CGGUCCAGUGAAAAACUCCUUGUGGGAAUACUGAAAGGACAAAAAAAAAAAAAAAAGAACGAAAUUUCGAAGCAACCUGGCUUUCUCUCGUACAGACACAGAGACAAAUGGCAGACAAGACCAGACAAUGAUUGCAAGUCCUCUUCUUCGGUCUCAAAACUUUCAGCUACCCCUAAAAACUCUUCUUUCGCCUAUCUUCCUCUCUUCAGAUUUUUAGAGAGAGAGAGAGAAAUGGGGGUUGAAAUUGUGGAGCCAAAUACUUGUAUUAGGGGCUGCUGUACGAGCGCUUCGAUUCCUCUUCAUCUUCCACCUUCCUCUUACACUCUUCUCUCUCCUAUUGCUCGAGGGGCUGAGAGUGUUGUAUAUGAAGCAACUUUGGAUGGCAAAAGGGUUGCUGUGAAGAAACCCGUCUUGUCAACUUCUGAAGAUCUUGAUAAGUUCCACAAGGAAUUGCAAUUGUUAUGUAAGCUUGAUCAUCCUGGGCUAGCGAAAAUGGUUGCUGCACAUUCUAAGCCUCCAAACUACAUGUUUUUCUUUGAAUUUUAUGAGUCUCCCAAUCUUUCGGAGAUGUUGCACGUUGAAGAAUGGAGUCCUAGUAUCGACCGGGUCCUCAUGAUCGCUAUCGGCUUAGCCAAUGCCUUGCAGUAUCUGCAUAACCUCGGGAUUUUACAUAGGGAUGUGAAACCGGCAAACAUUCUUCUUGACAAAGAUCUAAAUCCACACCUAGCAGAUUUUGGUCUGGCAGAAUACAAGAACAAUUUGAAAAAAGUUUCUGUUGAGAAUUGGAGUUCAUCUGGAAAACCUACUGGUGGUUUUCACAAGAAAAAUAUGGUUGGUACAUUAAUUUACAUGGCCCCUGAAAUAUUAAAGAAGGAAGUACAUACAGAGAAGUCGGAUGUCUAUAGUUUUGGUGUCUCAAUCAACGAACUCAUUACCGGUGUUGUCCCUUACACGGAUCUUCGGGCAGAAGCCCAGGCACACACUGUACUAGAGAUGAACUACACUGAGCAGCAACUCACAGCAGCUGUAGUGUCUGAUGGUCUGCGACCAGUUCUUGCAGGUCCCGAGUCGGGUGCACCAUCAACUUUGUUGUCCUUGGUACAAAGAUGUUGGGAUGCAAACCCUCAAAAUAGGCCGGCCUUCAACGAUAUAGUUGAUGAACUCAGUUCGAUUUUGGAACACAGACAGACAGCACAGGGACUAGCAGUCACUGGAGGACUUCCUACUUCCCUUGGCGAUCAGUACAUAGAUGUUUCCAACAAUUUAAAACCUUUUCAUGAGGCUGUUAACUGGUCUACUCAAGGAGAAUACUCUGCCCGGAGAACUUGUGCAGCUGAUUCUGGUUUGAUGACUUGGCUGGAUUCUUCAGAUGACUCAUUGACAUAUCGCCCAGUCCUAUCAUGGGGAUCUUUUGCUACAUGUGGAAGAAGAGAGACCAUGGAGGAUACACAUUUCCUUAGUCCUCAUAUGGGCAUUGAAAAAGAUAUCCUUUUUUUUGGUAUCUUUGAUGGACAUAGAGGUGCAGCUGCUGCUGAGUUCUCAGCUCGAGCUCUGCCAGGAUUCUUGCAAGCUUCAGGCAGCAUGAAUAACAGUCCUGCUGAUGCAUUAAUAAAAGCGUUUGUCGAGACAGAUAUAGCAUUCAGAAGGGAACUGGAUUCUUAUCGUGAAUCAAAAAGAGUUAUUCAGAAAGAUUGGUAUCCUGGUUGCACUGCGGUCACUGCUCUUAUUGUUAGGAACAAGCUUUUUGUUGCCAAUGCCGGUGAUUGCAGAACAAUCUUAUGUCGGGCUGGCGGUCCUGUUGUUCUAAGCAGGGAUCAUAUCGCAAGCUGUCUUGAGGAGCGAGAGCGAGUUGUUAGUGCAGGGGGAAUAGUCAAAUGGCAAGUCGAUACAUGGCGUGUUGGUGCUGCUGCUCUUCAGGUGACCCGCUCCAUUGGUGAUGACGAUUUGAAGCCUGCUGUAACGGCAGAACCUGAGAUAACCGAAACUAUUCUAUCUGAAAAGGACGAAUAUUUGGUAAUGGCCAGUGAUGGACUGUGGGACGUUAUGAGCAACGAGGAUGUUAUAAGCAUAAUUAGGGACACUGUCAAAGAGCCUGGAAUGUGCUCCAAGAGAUUGGCUACCGAAGCUGCGGAGCGUGGCAGCAAGGACAACAUUACGGUAAUUGUCAUCUUCCUGCGUCCUGUAUCCACAGCGGAGAGAAUUUACUAGACUCGAUGAUGGUCUCGCUACUUCUGAUGGCAAGCUCUCAAAAGAACAUCAUUCGUGGUGAUUAGAAAAUGGAAAUACAUAAUUCAACAGUAGAUAAUGUGAAUUAUUCAAAUUCUUUAGUGGGCUUUAUCCUCUUUCAGCGUGGUUGGUGCUCAGAGAAUAGGUAUAUAGCAUUCACAUUUAGAUUAUACAGUUGGCUGUAUUUUUGUGCCUUUUUCUACAUUGUUAAACACCAUGUAUUCAUGGCAAGAUUUCCUCCCCCCCACCACAUUGUUAAAGAACAUUUAUUCGUAGCAAGAAACAUUUGCCUUAAUAAGU